AUGAUGAUGGAGGAGGAGGGCAGCUACGUGCCCAGUGACCUGACGCCGGAGGAGUGCCAGGAGCUGGAGAACAUCCGCCGCCGCAAGCAGGAGCUGCUGGCUGACAUACAGCGGCUCAAAGAUGAGAUAGCAGAAGUGACGAAUGAGAUUGAGAACCUGGGGUCCACAGAGGAGAGGAAAAACAUGCAGAGGAACAAGCAAGUGGCCAUGGGCAGGAAGAAGUUCAACAUGGAUCCAAAGAAGGGCAUCCAGUUCCUGAUUGAAAAUGACCUGCUGAAGAACACGUGUGAGGACAUUGCCCAGUUCCUUUACAAGGGAGAGGGCCUCAACAAGACAGCCAUUGGUGACUACCUGGGCGAGAGAGACGAGUUCAACAUUCAAGUCCUGCAUGCCUUCGUGGAGCUGCACGAGUUCACUGACCUCAACCUUGUGCAGGCCCUGCGACAGUUCCUGUGGAGCUUCCGAUUGCCUGGGGAAGCGCAGAAGAUCGACCGGAUGAUGGAGGCCUUUGCCCAGCGGUACUGCCAGUGCAACCCUGGCGUCUUCCAGUCCACAGACACCUGCUAUGUGCUCUCCUUCGCCAUCAUCAUGCUGAACACCAGCCUGCACAACCCCAACGUCAAGGACAAACCCACGGCGGAGCGCUUCAUCGCCAUGAACCGUGGCAUCAACGAUGGGGGGGACCUGCCCGAGGAGCUGCUCCGGAAUCUCUACGAGAGCAUCAAGAAUGAACCCUUCAAAAUCCCUGAGGAUGAUGGCAAUGACCUUACCCACACCUUCUUCAACCCCGACCGGGAGGGCUGGCUCCUGAAGCUCGGAGGAGGCAGGGUGAAGACGUGGAAGCGUCGCUGGUUCAUUCUGACAGACAACUGCCUUUACUACUUUGAGUACACAACGGAUAAAGAGCCCCGUGGUAUCAUCCCUCUGGAGAACCUGAGCAUCCGUGAGGUGGAGGACUCAAAGAAGCCUAACUGCUUUGAGCUCUACAUCCCUGACAACAAGGACCAGGUGAUCAAGGCCUGCAAGACAGAGGCAGAUGGGCGUGUGGUGGAGGGCAACCACACUGUGUACCGCAUCUCCGCCCCCACCCCCGAGGAGAAGGAAGAGUGGAUCAAAUGCAUCAAGGCAGCCAUCAGCCGAGACCCUUUCUACGAGAUGCUGGCUGCCAGGAAGAAGAAGGUCUCCUCCACCAAGAGACACUAGCAGCCUUUGCUGGCCCUGCGAGGCAGGCAUGCCCCUGGCAGCCGGAGCCUCUCCGCUUCCUGGAGGGCUGCGAGGCUGGGGCCACACUGCAGCCUGGGCCCAGGACCCAGCUUCAGCUUCGCAGUUUCUUUACCACGGGCAGAAGGAGCAAGCACAGGUGUCU